GCCCGCCUGCGGGUCUGGGGGGCGAUGCUGCGUGGGUAUGGCCGGGAGCUGCGGAGGAGACGCUGAGGGGUUACAGCCCUGCCGGGUGUGCAGCCCUGCUGGGUGUGCAGCCCUGCUGGGUGUGCAGCUCCCCUGGGUGUGCAGCUCCCCUGGGUGUAUCUCACUGCUGGGUGUACACACCACUGCUGGGUGUCCAGCUCUGCUCAGCGUACAGCGCUUCUCCUGCAUCAUCGGUGCCUUCUCGCCAGCCCCGCUCUCUUUCACCGCUAAGAGACGCGAGGAGCCUACGCUGCGAGAAGCCCUUUUCAUUUACCAUCCCUCACACGUCCCGUCUCCCGCUUCCCGAGACGCAGGGGACGUGGAGCGGAGCAGACGCCUUGCAGCAUCACACAGAGCAUAACACUAACUGGCUGGAAUGAACACAGCUCCAUCCCACGGAUCCCACCUCCGCCUUCUGGCAGCUUACCUGACUCAUAAAGAGAGCGGGGGAUUUUAUAUGCCACCUACCUCAACUCAACGUUUUCCUUUGUGCUCUAAGGGCCAGAGGAGAGAGCCCUCAGGAUGCCAGAGCCAGCCAAGUCCACUUCUGCCCCCAAAAAGGGCUCCAAGAAAGCCGUGACAAAGACCCAGAAGAAGGGCGAUAAGAAGCGGCACAAGAGCAGGAAGGAGAGCUACUCCAUCUACGUCUACAAGGUGCUGAAGCAGGUCCACCCCGACACCGGCAUCUCCUCCAAGGCCAUGGGCAUCAUGAACUCUUUCGUCAACGACAUCUUUGAGCGCAUCGCCGGCGAGGCGUCCCGCCUGGCGCACUACAACAAGCGCUCCACCAUCACCUCACGGGAGAUCCAGACGGCCGUGCGCCUGCUGCUCCCGGGGGAGCUGGCCAAGCACGCUGUCUCAGAGGGCACCAAGGCUGUCACCAAGUACACGAGCUCCAAGUAGCCGGACGCUGCCUCUCCAACGGGACCGUUGAGCACCGAACCCUCCGCACAGGCACAGGUAGGCAGCUACGACCUGGACGAACGUCACAGCUAUUCUCCGCAGCAAUGUACAGUCUUGGGAUGGGCAUUAAAAGCUGUCUAGUGGAAGAGGAGGCAGCGAGCUGGAUGUUGGCUUAUUUUCAUGGGGGGUUCAGGACGUGCUACAGGUUCUGCACACUGCACCUCAGGCGAUGCUGGUGGAGGAGGUCUCUGCUUUCACAUCUCAUCUGAAGGACUGGCUGCACUAUAUCCAAAUUCUCCUCUGUGCUUGGAAAACAUGCAUGUGUGGCGCCGGCAGGGGAGGCUGGCCACUCCAGAGAUACUGUCUCUGAAGUCUUCCUGGCUGCUUUCUUACAGUCAUCUUAAAUGGGCACCAGGGAGUCGGCGCUUGCAUCCUCUCUGGUAGCCGAGCCCCAGCCUGUUGUACACAGCCCACCUGUGCAGGCAGAGGUGGCACCGAGAGCCACAGCAACAGCCGGGCACAGUCCUCAGACCGAAAUCCAUGCUGAUCCAGCAGAGAUGUCUGCCUGGCAGCGGUGUGCGAGGCCUCUUUCAAAGAUGCCGUGAUCAUACCACACACUGCUCCUCCUCCUCGCUCCUGAUGGAGGAGGGAUGAGCAGGCUGGUGGUGCAGGUACGCGUGUCCUUGCCCGCCAGGAUGCUGGAGCCACCAGCUGCCUCCCAGCUUGUGCCAAAGCAUACGGGUGGGCAAGGGGAGUGUGGGAGCACCUCCUCCCGCUGCUGCUUUGCCUCCUCUAAGACCUACUUCAGUGUGCAAGACAUUGCUAAUGCUGCUGCUUUUCGGAGACUUUUUUCUGCCUGUGCACUCCGUGUUCACUGUAAGGGUGGACAUGGCAUGGUGGUGUCCAAGUGGGGACGCUCGCUGCGGGCAGCUCGCCUUGCCCCUGCCUUCCCUGCUGCACUCAUCUGCUAGCAAGCAAAGCAAAAACUGGGGCUGGGUGGAUAUGUAGGGACACUUAAAAUAUCACGGCAUCCCAGUGGUGUUUUAUGGAUUAAAUCCUUUUGAGCUAAUUCAGAUGUUCCCCUCGUCUUCUCAAAGUCCACAGUAAGGUGAGCAAUAAUAAAAUCCCAAUAAAAGCCAUAGAGAUUAGUGGAGGAACGUCUCGGUUACAAGUUUAGCAUGCAGGGACUGCUGGAUAGCAGAGCAAGAGCUUGUGUAGAAGUGGUGUGAAGCUGAAGCUUCCUACUCAAAACACAAAAUUAGCCAACAUUUUUAAAAAAACUAUCAAAAUCUCCGGUGGGCUGUAGCACUUCAGAUCAAAAAUAUGCAUGUCUUUAAAAUAACAACUGCUCUUUGCAACUUGUUCUGUAAAUAAAAAGGGCAGCAAAGAUACAGGUUCCAGAACUAAGUGCAAGGUCACUCCAAAAUCCAAGACACCAUUUUUAAUCAUAUGAUAAAUUCCUACCCCUAGAUAUACCUUGUAAUACAUCUCUCAUUUUUUCCUGCUUUGGUCCCCAUCUUACCCUUUGAGAGUGAUGGCAGCCCUUGAAAAAUUCACGUUGCUUUUGGAGAUGCAGAAUUCUGCUUUCAGCCACAUUUCAUACAGUAAUUGCAGCAGGAGUCACUGGCGAUAUCUUUCAGAAAGAGCAAAAGCCAGGUCUCAAGAUGGUGGCACCCACAACAAGCAGCUCCCAGCAGUGGCGUCUGUAUCUAGUAGCAGAAAUCUGUCAUCAGUCUGAACCAUUGGGCCAUCACGCUUCGGAAGGGACAGCCUAGCACUUCACUUCCUUUUCUUUUUUUUUUUUUCUUUUUCUUUUUUACAAUUAAAAUGUCAAAAUCGGAUACCAAAGAUGAAAAUGUUCCUGCACUGUCACACGUGCACUGCUGAGCCACUGUCAUUCUCCCACCAGAAAUCAGAAAGCAGAGGAUGCAGAAGGGGAAUACAUGAAGCAAAGCGCUGGUUGGCAGCACUGAAGCUUUCUCCUCCAGUCCCUAGGAGCUGCAAGUCGGAAACCAUCCCUUCCAGGGCUGCACCUCAGCGCAGGAACUGUUCCAGUUCCAGCGAUGUGUGCACGCCAUGGCCCUGUCCCAGUGCUGCUCAGCACAUCUCCUACACCCUCGCUCUGCCAAGCAGAGCAGGGUCCCACUCUGGUCCCUGCAGCUGGUACAAGCUGCUCGCUGCACGGAGUCACAAAAUGUCCCUGAGGGGGCAGGGGGACAAGGCUGGGCUCCCAGGCGAGAGCCGACCUGCAGGUAGUCACAGCACUGCUCUCAUUCUCCUCCCUGUGCUGCGCCACAGUUGCCACUCUCCAUUUCUGGAGGCUGUUCCAGGGAGAGGAGAAGUGGCAAUUUAAGACUGCAGAAAUACUUGAAGACUUAAGGAGGGUGUUUAUGUUGAAGCCAGGUGACUGAGGCUGAUCAUCUCCAUCCAUUUAGAGGUUAGGCUGUCGUUUCACACAUAAUUUGCUCUUCACUCUCCCUUCAUAUCACUUUUUUACUUGCCCCUGACAACAUGGAGAAGAGGACUGAGGAAAUGAUCCAGGUUAAAAUGAAUAAAAGUGGUUUUUUGUUUGUUUGUUUUACUUUUUUUUUUCUCUCUUGCAAGCUUCAUUUUAACCCAGUUCUGGUGUCUGGUCUGAUUUGUCACACCGACACUUGUGCCAGCCAAGGGAAGGGCUGAUCCAGGAAAGGCAAGGCUGGCAUAAGCUAGGACUGCCUCAAAAGCACUUGUGAAAUCAAUGCCUUAGUGCUAACGGACAAGUGAAGAAAGGAAAUCUGCGGCUCUUGCAAUCUGUGCAGGCUCACAGAUCACUUUGAUGGGAAUCAUUUCGACUGGAAUGGGCUUGGACUGAGCCUUAAAAGUAGAGACAAUAGCAAAUGUUCUAAAAAUUCAAAGAUCAUAGCGUCAAUUUUCAACUUAUUAAACUGAGGUGUGACAUAUUCCACAGAUCCCUGGUAAGGAGGUGUUCUGCAGAGGUGGGGGCUCAUACUUCAGGGUCUGUGCUUUUCCAAAAGAUGUCUUUCCAGCUCUGACCAAUACAACAGCUGAACAAUGAAGAUAAUAUACCAAGCCCCCCAACCCCACCUUAUUCCAACUGCAACUCCAGAAGUAUUUCUGGGACAUUCCCAAGUUUUGACAAUAAAUAAAAGAAAAAUCAACUGCAGAUUGAAAGUUAGAAGAGGAAACUGCAGAAGAAUAACGCUGCAUUGAUAUUAACCCUGUGUUAACCCCCAUGUUAAUGGAGGUCAUUGCACUAAGUUAUUUGUUUUCAUACACAAUUUAGGAGAGAAAUUUUUGCAAUAGAUCUACUUGUGAUUUUCCAAUCUACUUCCCUAAAGUCCACCCAUCACAGCAGAUCUAAGCGCGCAGAAGAGCUGAGUGGCUGCUUGCUCGGUCUGGAGGUUUCCUCCCACUCAGGACAAGUAGGUUUUGAGUCAAGCAUGGGGAAAACACGAGUAGCAGCAGGUAGAGGACAAGUGCCUGCCCUGGAGGUCGCUGUGUGUGCUAGGAAGGGAUGCCUGAACUGAGACCAGGGAGGAGCCCAGCCCAGAACAGCCGCGCGUGUCCUCCUGCCCUGGUGACAGGUAGCCCCAUGUCCCAGCGCCCCACCACACCACGCCAAGCUUGGCAUGGCUUGUGCACAGCCCUGAGCCUUCACCCCGUCAUAGCACCCUCUGACAGUUUACAUCCAGAGCAAAUUGUUUACAGGGAAAGAAAGACUGUGAAAUAAAACAUAAAACUCACUUGCUACCAGGAUCUGGGGGAGUUCCCUCCGACUAGUACCGGGGAGCAAUCUCUCCAGCUUGCUAUCCAUGCAUGGUAUCUUGUGGGCUUGUGUACACAGACUUUUUCCGAGAAUACGUGUUACAUAAUGUAUGAUCUAUGUUAUAUUACCAUUGUUUUCUGGCAUAUGUUACAGCUAAUUAUGUUUUCUGUUAAAUGUAUAAAUAAAAUAUAAAUGCAGACCUGAUGAAAGUCAGGUG